ACAGUGUACCCGGCAUUAAGCAGACGACCUAUACACAUUGGUAGGGAAAGGCUGUAAAACACAAGGUAAAAUUGAUUGAUAAUGGAUGAAGAUUCGAAUUCAUGGCAGCACAGGUGCGAACGCUACUUUACAUCAAUAUCAGAAUCCGACGAAAGGAGAGGAGGGGGCGGAGGAGGCGGAUAUAACCGAAUCCAAGAAGGUCCAAACAUGGAAUGGAAACAUCUAAAUGGAUUAGCAAACGAUGCAAAGAAGCGGUCGUCUGGCUUUUCCCGCGCAAAACGGUGGAUGAGACAGUUAGACAUUCACGGUUGCGGCCGUGUCGGAUACGCAUCAAUCUUCGAAAGUGUGAUUUGGAUUGUUAUUUCUGUUUUAGCAUUCGGUGCCUUGACUUAUGCCGUGUAUUUAUAUGCAAUGAUUUACCUACAAACAUCUCAGUUCAAAACCUUGUCAUAUACCAUUCCACCAUUUUCAUCAUCAUCUCCAAACAUAACAAUAUGCAAUAACAACAUACUUCGAAAAUCAGCAUUACAACGCUCUCAGAAUCGUUUUCAAGGAUUGCUAAAUGUUUCCGCAAAGACAAAUAAAAUUCUACAACAGAGACAACAGACUUUGACAGCAAAGGAGCUAUUAGAAAGGACAACUUUGUAUGACAAUUUGACCGAUCUUCUGAAGAAUUCCGAGCUGGCAUCUCUCUAUAGUGAGCUCGAGGAGGAAUAUUUACCCUAUUCGUACAUGUCCUCCCCGGAUGAUUACGGAUCGCUGUACCUGUGGGGGUUACGGGAGGGUGUGGAGAUUCUCAGAGAGGUGGUUACCCCUACCAAGUCAGAGUUACUGACUUACGGUCAUCAGAAAGUUCAGUUGAUUGUUCAUUGCUGGGCAGACGGGAAAAACUGCAACAAAAACAGGUACUUCCAUGAACAUCAGGAUCCAGAUCUAGGAAAUUGUGUGACGUUUUCAAAUCCAGGCAACAACAUAGAAACGGUCAGCUUCCUUUUGAACGCCGAGCCAGACGAGUCCGUUGGGGAGCUGACUGCCUCUGUGGGUGUCAACGUGUACGUUGGCGAGACCGACAGUGGUCAAAAUACCCUAACACUCGCUCAGCCUGGUACAGCGGCCUUCAUUAAUGUACAGAAGAAAUCCAGAAUAGACCGAAGCAAAGACUGUAGUAGUCAAGAACAAUACUCACAGAAGGCGUGUUUGAGACAAUGUGUUGAUGAUAAGAUAGCAACUUUCUGUCAGUGUCAACGGUCUUAUGAUGUCAUAGCAACAGAACAGUGUCGCGUGGACGUCAAAUUUGAAAAUGUUUGUGCACGAACAAUACAGAAACUGUACUCACUCGGAAAGCUGACAUGUGGUUGUCUUCCUAAGUGCGACCAAUCCCUGUACAGUGUUGAAGCAUCCUCAUCUGAGUGGCCGUCCACGGGAAACAUCGGCUACAUAGAACAGUUCCUGCACCAACAGGGACGCAACAGUUCUCCUCACUUCAUCAGGAGUUCGUUGACGAAGGUGACAGUCAACUACAGGGACAUGGUGGCGGAAACUGUCACAGAAUCAUCAUUAACGCUAUUGGAUCUGUUCGCUAAGAUCGGUGGUAUAUCAGCCAUAUUGGUGGGGGUGUCGGCCAUCAGUAUACUGGAGGUUCUGUGGUUCGUGGUCAGGCUGGUGUCACACGGAUGUCGGCAGAUGAUCAGACGGUCUAAGCAAAGAGAUACUAUACAUCGGUUGGCUGAAUCCGACGUCACUUCAAUCACGUGGCAGGCUUAUCGUCACAAACGAAGAGAGGAAGUUAAGAACAACAACACUGCUCUCACCAAACAGGCCGUACGACGAAACAGUAGCCGACAAAGCCGACAAUCUCUACCCACAAUUACAGAGGAAAACAAACACCGGAAACUCGCAAACGGCCAUCUUGAAAACAAUCUGUACUCACACCCAUUGGAACGCACAGGACACCGGCGUGUAUACAAUAACUUAGUCAAAGCUGAGCGUACACCUGGAUCAGAAUUUCCAGUUUUCAAUUCUCUUAAUGAAUUUCACCGUCCACGAUGUUCUACACCUGACAACUCUGACCAUCUCAACAGUCGUCUGCUUCAAAUGGAUGGCGGGAACGCACAUCAUUAUCCACAUCAAGGUAGAAUCGUGACCCCGGCUGACGCCAUCCAACGAUACGGGCAUUCAGCAAGCAAAUACAUAUGUAGCGAAGGCAUCUAUUUGUAACAUUGUUUUUCCUCCAAUGUAUGUUUUCAAAGAAAACACAUUUUUGUCAUGAAGUUUUAUCAAGUUUUACAAUUUAAGACAGUAUCACGUUUUGCUAUUUAUUAAACACUAUGUUUUAAGUAUCACUUAGCCUACAAACCUGUGAUAUCAUGAGUACAUUUAUGUUGAAAAA